AUGAUUCCUUGGUUUUUACUGCAGGUGAUAUGGAGCAGUGGCAUGAGGGCGCAGCUGCUGCGGUUUCUGGAGGACAGGAGGGCGCAGAGGGAGGCAGAUGGGUCGUAUGCAGUGGAUGCAUGCCAGACGUUUGUGUACACUGCACUGGAGGACGAGAUCCAGGUGGGAGAUAUUUACCUCCGUCUGUUCAUCCAGCAUCCCGACUUCCCUCUUUCAGACCCUGAGUCCCUAUCCGCUGCUCUCGUGCCCUUCCUGCUCGACAUGUGCGCCCUCCUCCCCGUCUUGCACCACUCCCAAUUGCACCACACACCUCUGCACCCUGCUGCCAUCCUGCUGCUACGCAAGUGGGACCGGCGGGAGCUGGCGUGGGUGGUGGCGAAGCAAGGCGGCAUCGUCUUUCUCCUCGCCCUCCUGCUCCCUGCCCCUGGAGACGAUAUACCCCACCCUAUCCGCGUCACCACCUCCCUCCUCCUCUCCGCGCUCCUCUCACAACCCCUGCACGGCCCACGGGUCUUCCUCUCCCUCUCGCGCUUCCUCCCCCAAGGCCUCCUCUCCUUCCUGCGGGACGGCUCAGGGGAAGCAGCCAUUUCUGCUCUCUCCCAGACCACGCAGACCCCUGAGCUCGUCUGGUCCCCUGCCCUCGCGCUCAAUCUCGGCCGUCGGAUCGCGGUGCUGGCUGCUGAGGUUGUACGGAUGGUGGAGAUUGCACGGAGGUCUGGUGGUGGGGGCAAGGGAGGAGGAGAAACUGGUGCUUCCGUUUUUGGAAACCUUGCUUCUUUUGAAUGGGAUCCACCUGGUCUUGUGGGAGCUACUGGUGGGGCCGGUUCAGGUGUUGCAUCAGGUGCUAGUUCAGGUGGUUCAGGUGGGGCGUCAGGCGCAUCAGACAAAAGUCUGUUGAAUUCACCUGAAGAAGGGGACGAGUGGCAGGUGGGCGGCGUGUACAUUCGUCUCUUCCUCAAGGACCCCAAGUACCCGCUGCGCAACCCCAAGCGCUUCCUCGAGGGCCUUCUCGACCAAUACGUGCUUGCCACGUCAGCACUAACUAUGGCGCCCCCCUGGAUUAUCCCCUCUAGAUCAAGGUUCACCCCCGGAUUAAGGUUCACCCCUGGAUUAAGGUUCACCCCUGGAUUAAGGUUCGCCCCCGGAUUAAGGUUCGCCCCCGGAUUAAGGUUCACCCCGGGAUUAAGGUUCACCCCCGGAUUAAGGUUCACCCCCGGAUCAAGGUUCACCCCCGGAUUAAGGUUCACCCCCGGAUUAAGGUUCACCCGCGGAUUAAGGUUCACCCGCGGAUUAAGGUUCACCCGCGGAUUAAGGUUCACCCCCGGAUUAAGGUUCACCCCCGGAUUAAGGUUCGCCCCCGGAUUAAGGUUCGCCCCCGGAUUAAGGUUCGCCCCCGGAUUAAGGUUCGCCCCCGGAUUAAGGUUCGCCCCCGGAUUAAGGUUCGCCCCCGGAUUAAGGUUCGCCCCCGGAUUAAGGUUCGCCCCCGGAUUAAGGUUCGCCCCCGGAUUAAGGUUCGCCCCCGGAUUAAGGUUCGCCCCCGGAUUAAGGUUCGCCCCCGGAUUAAGGUUCGCCCCCGGAUUAAGGUUCGCCCCCGGAUUAAGGUUCGCCCCCGGAUUAAGGUUCGCCCCCGGAUUAAGGUUCGCCCCCGGAUUAAGGUUCGCCCCCGGAUUAAGGUUCGCCCCCGGAUUAAGGUUCGCCCCCGGAUUAAGGUUCGCCCCCGGAUUAAGGUUCGCCCCCGGAUUAAGGUUCGCCCCCGGAUUAAGGUUCGCCCCCGGAUUAAGGUUCGCCCCCGGAUUAAGGUUCGCCCCCGGAUUAAGGUUCGCCCCCGGAUUAAGGUUCGCCCCCGGAUUAAGGUUCGCCCCCGGAUUAAGGUUCGCCCCCGGAUUAAGGUUCGCCCCCGGAUUAAGGUUCGCCCCCGGAUUAAGGUUCGCCCCCGGAUUAAGGUUCGCCCCCGGAUUAAGGUUCGCCCCCGGAUUAAGGUUCGCCCCCGGAUUAAGGUUCGCCCUCGGAUCAAGGUUCGCCCCCGGAUCAAGGUUCGCCCACGGACUAAGGUUCGCCCCCGGAUUAAGGUUCACCCCCGGAUUAAGGUUCGCCCCCGGAUUAAGGUUCGCCCCCGGAUUAAGGUUCGCCCCCGGAUUAAGGUUCGCCCCCGGAUUAAGGUUCGCCCCCGGAUUAAGGUUCGCCCCCGGAUUAAGGUUCGCCCCCGGAUUAAGGUUCGCCCCCGGAUUAAGGUUCGCCCCCGGAUGGAGGUUCGCCCCCGGAUUGAGGUUCGCCCCCGGAUCGAGGUUCGCCCCCGAUCGAGGUUCGCCCCCGGAUCGAGGUUCGCCCCGGGAUCGAGGUUCGCCCCGGGAUCGAGGUUCGCCCCGGAUCGAGGUUCGCCCCCGGAUCGAGGUUCGCCCCCGGAUCGAGGUUCGCCCCCGGAUCGAGGUUCGCCCCCGGAUCGAGGUUCGCCCCCGGAUCGAGGUUCGCCCUCGCAUCGAGGUUCGCCCCCGGAUCGAGGUUCGCCCCCGGAUCGAGGUUCGCCCCCGGAUCGAGGUUCGCCCCCGGAUCGAGGUUCGCCCCCGGAUCGAGGUUCGCCCCCGGAUCGAGGUUCGCCCCCGCAUCGAGGUUCGCCCCCGGAUCGAGGUUCGCCCCCGCAUCGAGGUUCGCCCCCGGAUCGAGGUUCGCCCCCGGAUCGAGGUUCGCCCCCGGAUCGAGGUUCGCCCCCGGAUCGAGGUUCGCCCCCGGAUCGAGGUUCGCCCCCGGAUCGAGGUUCGCCCCCGGAUCGAGGUUCGCCCCCGGAUCGAGGUUCGCCCCCGGAUCGAGGUUCGCCCCCGGAUCGAGGUUCGCCCCCAAAUCAAAAUUCACCCCCAUAUCGAGGUUCGCCCCCCGGAUCGAGGUUCGCCCCCGGAUCGAGGUUCGCCCCCGGAUCGAGGUUCGCCCCCGGAUCGAGGUUCGCCCCCGGAUCGAGGUUCGCCCCCGGAUCGAGGUUCGCCCCCGGAUCGAGGUUCGCCCCCGGAUCGAGGUUCGCCCCCGGAUCGAGGUUCGCCCCCGGAUCGAGGUUCGCCCCCGGAUCGAGGUUCGCCCCCGGAUCGAGGUUCGCCCCCGGAUCGAGGUUCGCCCCCGGAUCGAGGUUCGCCCCCGGAUCGAGGUUCGCCCCCGGAUCGAGGUUCGCCCCCGGAUCGAGGUUCGCCCCCGAUCGAGGUUCGCCCCCGGAUCGAGGAUCGCCCCCGGAUCGAGGUUCGCCCCCCGAUCGAGGUUCGCCCCCGGAUCGAGGUUCGCCCCCGGAUCGAGGUUCGCCCCCGGAUCGAGGAUCGCCCCCGGAUCGAGGUUCGCCCCCGGAUCGAGGUUCGCCCCCGGAUCGAGGAUCGCCCCCGGAUCCAGGUUCGCUCCCGGAUCCAGGUUCGCCCCGGGAUUCAGGUUCGCCCCGGGAUUGAGGUUCGCCCCCGGAUUGAGGUUCGCCCCGGGAUUCAGGUUCGCCCCGGGUUCAGGUUCGCCCCCGGAUUAAGGUUCGCCCCCGGAUUAAGGUUCGCCCCCGGAUUAAGGUUCGCCCCCGGAUUAAGGUUCGCCCCCGGAUUAAGGUUCGCCCCCGGAUUAAGGUUCGCCCCCGGAUUAAGGUUCGCCCCCGGAUUAAGGUUCGCCCCCGGAUUAAGGUUCGCCCCCGGAUUAAGGUUCGCCCCCGGAUUAAGGUUCGCCCCCGGAUUAAGGUUCGCCCCCGGAUUAAGGUUCGCCCCCGGAUUAAGGUUCGCCCCCGGAUUAAGGUUCGCCCCCGGAUUAAGGUUCGCCCCCGGAUUAAGGUUCGCCCCCGGAUUAAGGUUCGCCCCCGGAUUAAGGUUCGCCCCCGGAUUAAGGUUCGCCCCCGGAUUAAGGUUCGCCCCCGGAUUAAGGUUCGCCCCCGGAUUAAGGUUCGCCCCCGGAUUAAGGUUCGCCCCCGGAUUAAGGUUCGCCCCCGGAUUAAGGUUCGCCCCCGGAUUAAGGUUCGCCCCCGGAUUAAGGUUCGCCCCCGGAUUAAGGUUCGCCCCCGGAUUAAGGUUCGCCCCCGGAUUAAGGUUCGCCCCCGGAUUAAGGUUCGCCCCCGGAUUAAGGUUCGCCCCCGGAUUAAGGUUCGCCCCCGGAUUAAGGUUCGCCCCCGGAUUAAGGUUCGCCCCCGGAUUAAGGUUCGCCCCCGGAUUAAGGUUCGCCCCCGGAUUAAGGUUCGCCCCCGGAUUAAGGUUCGCCCCCGGAUUAAGGUUCGCCCCCGGAUUAAGGUUCGCCCCCGGAUUAAGGUUCGCCCCCGGAUUAAGGUUCGCCCCCGGAUUAAGGUUCGCCCCGGAUCAAGGUUCGCCCCCGGAUCAAGGUUCGCCCCCGGAUCGAGGUUCGCCCCCGGAUCGAGGUUCGCCCCCGGAUCGAGGUUCGCCCCCGGAUCGAGGUUCGCCCCCGGAUCGAGGUUCGCCCCCGGAUCGAGGUUCGCCCCCGGAUCGAGGUUCGCCCCCGGAUCGAGGUUCGCCCCCGGAUCGAGGUUCGCCCCCGGAUCGAGGUUCGCCCCCGGAUCGAGGUUCGCCCCCGGAUCGAGGUUCGCCCCCGGAUCGAGGUUCGCCCCCGGAUCGAGGUUCGCCCCCGGAUCGAGGUUCGCCCCCGGAUCGAGGUUCGCCCCCGGAUCGAGGUUCGCCCCCGGAUCGAGGUUCGCCCCCGGAUCGAGGUUCGCCCCCGGAUCGAGGUUCGCCCCCGGAUCGAGGUUCGCCCCCGGAUCGAGGUUCGCCCCCGGAUCGAGGUUCGCCCCCGGAUCGAGGUUCGCCCCCGGAUCGAGGUUCGCCCCCGGAUCGAGGUUCGCCCCCGGAUCGAGGUUCGCCCCCGGAUCGAGGUUCGCCCCCGGAUCGAGGUUCGCCCCCGGAUCGAGGUUCGCCCCCGGAUCGAGGUUCGCCCCCGGAUCGAGGUUCGCCCCCGGAUCGAGGUUCGCCCCCGGAUCGAGGUUCGCCCCCGGAUCGAGGUUCGCCCCCGGAUCGAGGUUCGCCCCCGGAUCGAGGUUCGCCCCCGGAUCGAGGUUCGCCCCCGGAUCGAGGUUCGCCCCCGGAUCGAGGUUCGCCCCCGGAUCGAGGUUCGCCCCCGGAUCGAGGUUCGCCCCCGGAUCGAGGUUCGCCCCCGGAUCGAGGUUCGCCCCCGGAUCGAGGUUCGCCCCCGGAUCGAGGUUCGCCCCCGGAUCGAGGUUCGCCCCCGGAUCGAGGUUCGCCCCCGGAUCGAGGUUCGCCCCCGGAUCGAGGUUCGCCCCCGGAUCGAGGUUCGCCCCCGGAUCGAGGUUCGCCCCCGGAUCGAGGUUCGCCCCCGGAUCGAGGUUCGCCCCCGGAUCGAGGUUCGCCCCCGGAUCGAGGUUCGCCCCCGGAUCGAGGUUCGCCCCCGGAUCGAGGUUCGCCCCCGGAUCGAGGUUCGCCCCCGGAUCGAGGUUCGCCCCCGGAUCGAGGUUCGCCCCCGGAUCGAGGUUCGCCCCCGGAUCGAGGUUCGCCCCCGGAUCGAGGUUCGCCCCCGGAUCGAGGUUCGCCCCCGGAUCGAGGUUCGCCCCCGGAUCGAGGUUCGCCCCCGGAUCGAGGUUCGCCCCCGGAUCGAGGUUCGCCCCCGGAUCGAGGUUCGCCCCCGGAUCGAGGUUCGCCCCCGGAUCGAGGUUCGCCCCCGGAUCGAGGUUCGCCCCCGGAUCGAGGUUCGCCCCCGGAUCGAGGUUCGCCCCCGGAUCGAGGUUCGCCCCCGGAUCGAGGUUCGCCCCCGGAUCGAGGUUCGCCCCCGGAUCGAGGUUCGCCCCCGGAUCGAGGUUCGCCCCCGGAUCGAGGUUCGCCCCCGGAUCGAGGUUCGCCCCCGGAUCGAGGUUCGCCCCCGGAUCGAGGUUCGCCCCCGGAUCGAGGUUCGCCCCCGGAUCGAGGUUCGCCCCCGGAUCGAGGUUCGCCCCCGGAUCGAGGUUCGCCCCCGGAUCGAGGUUCGCCCCCGGAUCGAGGUUCGCCCCCGGAUCGAGGUUCGCCCCCGGAUCGAGGUUCGCCCCCGGAUCGAGGUUCGCCCCCGGAUCGAGGUUCGCCCCCGGAUCGAGGUUCGCCCCCGGAUCGAGGUUCGCCCCCGGAUCGAGGUUCGCCCCCGGAUCGAGGUUCGCCCCCGGAUCGAGGUUCGCCCCCGGAUCGAGGUUCGCCCCCGGAUCGAGGUUCGCCCCCGGAUCGAGGUUCGCCCCCGGAUCGAGGUUCGCCCCCGGAUCGAGGUUCGCCCCCGGAUCGAGGUUCGCCCCCGGAUCGAGGUUCGCCCCCGGAUCGAGGUUCGCCCCCGGAUCAGGUUCGCCCCCGGAUCAGGUUCGCCCCCGGAUUCAGGUUCGCCCCCGGAUUCAGGUUCGCCCCCGGAUUCAGGUUCGCCCCCGGAUUCAGGUUCGCCCCCGGAUUCAGGUUCGCCCCCGGAUUCAGGUUCGCCCCCGGAUUCAGGUUCGCCCCCGGAUCAGGUUCGCCCCCGGAUCAGGUUCGCCCCCGGAUCAAGGUUCGCCCCCGGAUCAAGGUUCGCCCCCGGAUCAAGGUUCGCCCCCGGAUCAAGGUUCGCCCCCGGAUCAAGGUUCGCCCCCGGAUCAAGGUUCGCCCCCGGAUCAAGGUUCGCCCCCGGAUCAAGGUUCGCCCCCGGAUCAAGGUUCGCCCCCGGAUCAAGGUUCGCCCCCGGAUCAAGGUUCGCCCCCGGAUCAAGGUUCGCCCCCGGAUCAAGGUUCGCCCCCGGAUCAAGGUUCGCCCCCGGAUCAAGGUUCGCCCCCGGAUCAAGGUUCGCCCCCGGAUCAAGGUUCGCCCCCGGAUCAAGGUUCGCCCCCGGAUCAAGGUUCGCCCCCGGAUCAAGGUUCGCCCCCGGAUCAAGGUUCGCCCCCGGAUCAAGGUUCGCCCCCGGAUCAAGGUUCGCCCCCGGAUCAAGGUUCGCCCCCGGAUCAAGGUUCGCCCCCGGAUCAAGGUUCGCCCCCGGAUCAAGGUUCGCCCCCGGAUCAAGGUUCGCCCCGGAUCAAGGUUCGCCCCCGGAUCAAGGUUCGCCCCCGGAUCAAGGUUCGCCCCCGGAUCAAGGUUCGCCCCCGGAUCAAGGUUCGCCCCCGGAUCAAGGUUCGCCCCCGGAUCAAGGUUCGCCCCCGGAUCAAGGUUCGCCCCCGGAUCAAGGUUCGCCCCGGAUCAAGGUUCGCCCCCGGAUCAAGGUUCGCCCCCGGAUCAAGGUUCGCCCCCGGAUCGAGGUUCGCCCCCGGAUCGAGGUUCGCCCCCGGAUCGAGGUUCGCCCCCGGAUCGAGGUUCGCCCCCGGAUCGAGGUUCGCCCCCGGAUCGAGGUUCGCCCCCGGAUCGAGGUUCGCCCCCGGAUCGAGGUUCGCCCCCGGAUCGAGGUUCGCCCCCGGAUCGAGGUUCGCCCCCGGAUCGAGGUUCGCCCCCGGAUCGAGGUUCGCCCCCGGAUCGAGGUUCGCCCCCGGAUCGAGGUUCGCCCCCGGAUCGAGGUUCGCCCCCGGAUCGAGGUUCGCCCCCGGAUCGAGGUUCGCCCCCGGAUCGAGGUUCGCCCCCGGAUCGAGGUUCGCCCCCGGAUCGAGGUUCGCCCCCGGAUCGAGGUUCGCCCCCGGAUCGAGGUUCGCCCCCGGAUCGAGGUUCGCCCCCGGAUCGAGGUUCGCCCCCGGAUCGAGGUUCGCCCCCGGAUCGAGGUUCGCCCCCGGAUCGAGGUUCGCCCCCGGAUCGAGGUUCGCCCCCGGAUCGAGGUUCGCCCCCGGAUCGAGGUUCGCCCCCGGAUCGAGGUUCGCCCCCGGAUCGAGGUUCGCCCCCGGAUCGAGGUUCGCCCCCGGAUCGAGGUUCGCCCCCGGAUCGAGGUUCGCCCCCGGAUCGAGGUUCGCCCCCGGAUCGAGGUUCGCCCCCGGAUCGAGGUUCGCCCCCGGAUCGAGGUUCGCCCCCGGAUCGAGGUUCGCCCCCGGAUCGAGGUUCGCCCCCGGAUCGAGGUUCGCCCCCGGAUCGAGGUUCGCCCCCGGAUCGAGGUUCGCCCCCGGAUCGAGGUUCGCCCCCGGAUCGAGGUUCGCCCCCGGAUCGAGGUUCGCCCCCGGAUCGAGGUUCGCCCCCGGAUCGAGGUUCGCCCCCGGAUCGAGGUUCGCCCCCGGAUCGAGGUUCGCCCCCGGAUCGAGGUUCGCCCCCGGAUCGAGGUUCGCCCCCGGAUCGAGGUUCGCCCCCGGAUCGAGGUUCGCCCCCGGAUCGAGGUUCGCCCCCGGAUCGAGGUUCGCCCCCGGAUCGAGGUUCGCCCCCGGAUCGAGGUUCGCCCCCGGAUCGAGGUUCGCCCCCGGAUCGAGGUUCGCCCCCGGAUCGAGGUUCGCCCCCGGAUCGAGGUUCGCCCCCGGAUCGAGGUUCGCCCCCGGAUCGAGGUUCGCCCCCGGAUCGAGGUUCGCCCCCGGAUCGAGGUUCGCCCCCGGAUCGAGGUUCGCCCCCGGAUCGAGGUUCGCCCCCGGAUCGAGGUUCGCCCCCGGAUCGAGGUUCGCCCCCGGAUCGAGGUUCGCCCCCGGAUCGAGGUUCGCCCCCGGAUCGAGGUUCGCCCCCGGAUCGAGGUUCGCCCCCGGAUCGAGGUUCGCCCCCGGAUCGAGGUUCGCCCCCGGAUCAAGGUUCGCCCCGGAUUCAGGUUCACCCCUGGAUUAGGUUCACCCCUGGAUUAAGGUUCACCCCUGGAUUAAGGUUCACCCCUGGAUUAAGGUUCACCCCUGGAUUAAGGUUCACCCCUGGAUUAAGGUUCACCCCUGGAUUAAGGUUCACCCCUGGAUUAAGGUUCACCCCUGGAUUAAGGUUCACCCCUGGAUUAAGGUUCACCCCUGGAUUAAGGUUCACCCCUGGAUUAAGGUUCACCCCUGGAUUAAGGUUCACCCCUGGAUUAAGGUUCACCCCUGGAUUAAGGUUCACCCCUGGAUUAAGGUUCACCCCUGGAUUAAGGUUCACCCCUGGAUUAAGGUUCACCCCUGGAUUAAGGUUCACCCCUGGAUUAAGGUUCACCCCUGGAUUAAGGUUCACCCCUGGAUUAAGGUUCACCCCUGGAUUAAGGUUCACCCCUGGAUUAAGGUUCACCCCUGGAUUAAGGUUCACCCCUGGAUUAAGGUUCACCCCUGGAUUAAGGUUCACCCCUGGAUUAAGGUUCACCCCUGGAUUAAGGUUCACCCCUGGAUUAAGGUUCACCCCUGGAUUAAGGUUCACCCCUGGAUUAAGGUUCACCCCUGGAUUAAGGUUCACCCCUGGAUUAAGGUUCACCCCUGGAUUAAGGUUCACCCCUGGAUUAAGGUUCACCCCUGGAUUAAGGUUCACCCCUGGAUUAAGGUUCACCCCUGGAUUAAGGUUCACCCCUGGAUUAAGGUUCACCCCUGGAUUAAGGUUCACCCCUGGAUUAAGGUUCACCCCUGGAUUAAGGUUCACCCCUGGAUUAAGGUUCACCCCUGGAUUAAGGUUCACCCCUGGAUUAAGGUUCACCCCUGGAUUAAGGUUCACCCCUGGAUUAAGGUUCACCCCUGGAUUAAGGUUCACCCCUGGAUUAAGGUUCACCCCUGGAUUAAGGUUCACCCCUGGAUUAAGGUUCACCCCUGGAUUAAGGUUCACCCCUGGAUUAAGGUUCACCCCUGGAUUAAGGUUCACCCCUGGAUUAAGGUUCACCCCUGGAUUAAGGUUCACCCCUGGAUUAAGGUUCACCCCUGGAUUAAGGUUCACCCCUGGAUUAAGGUUCACCCCUGGAUUAAGGUUCACCCCUGGAUUAAGGUUCACCCCUGGAUUAAGGUUCACCCCUGGAUUAAGGUUCACCCCUGGAUUAAGGUUCACCCCUGGAUUAAGGUUCACCCCUGGAUUAAGGUUCACCCCUGGAUUAAGGUUCACCCCUGGAUUAAGGUUCACCCCUGGAUUAAGGUUCACCCCUGGAUUAAGGUUCACCCCUGGAUUAAGGUUCACCCCUGGAUUAAGGUUCACCCCUGGAUUAAGGUUCACCCCUGGAUUAAGGUUCACCCCUGGAUUAAGGUUCACCCCUGGAUUAAGGUUCACCCCUGGAUUAAGGUUCACCCCUGGAUUAAGGUUCACCCCUGGAUUAAGGUUCACCCCUGGAUUAAGGUUCACCCCUGGAUUAAGGUUCACCCCUGGAUUAAGGUUCACCCCUGGAUUAAGGUUCACCCCUGGAUUAAGGUUCACCCCUGGAUUAAGGUUCACCCCUGGAUUAAGGUUCACCCCUGGAUUAAGGUUCACCCCUGGAUUAAGGUUCACCCCUGGAUUAAGGUUCACCCCUGGAUUAAGGUUCACCCCUGGAUUAAGGUUCACCCCUGGAUUAAGGUUCACCCCUGGAUUAAGGUUCACCCCUGGAUUAAGGUUCACCCCUGGAUUAAGGUUCACCCCUGGAUUAAGGUUCACCCCUGGAUUAAGGUUCACCCCUGGAUUAAGGUUCACCCCUGGAUUAAGGUUCACCCCUGGAUUAAGGUUCACCCCUGGAUUAAGGUUCACCCCUGGAUUAAGGUUCACCCCUGGAUUAAGGUUCACCCCUGGAUUAAGGUUCACCCCUGGAUUAAGGUUCACCCCUGGAUUAAGGUUCACCCCUGGAUUAAGGUUCACCCCUGGAUUAAGGUUCACCCCUGGAUUAAGGUUCACCCCUGGAUUAAGGUUCACCCCUGGAUUAAGGUUCACCCCUGGAUUAAGGUUCACCCCUGGAUUAAGGUUCACCCCUGGAUUAAGGUUCACCCCUGGAUUAAGGUUCACCCCUGGAUUAAGGUUCACCCCUGGAUUAAGGUUCACCCCUGGAUUAAGGUUCACCCCUGGAUUAAGGUUCACCCCUGGAUUAAGGUUCACCCCUGGAUUAAGGUUCACCCCUGGAUUAAGGUUCACCCCUGGAUUAAGGUUCACCCCUGGAUUAAGGUUCACCCCUGGAUUAAGGUUCACCCCUGGAUUAAGGUUCACCCCUGGAUUAAGGUUCACCCCUGGAUUAAGGUUCACCCCUGGAUUAAGGUUCACCCCUGGAUUAAGGUUCACCCCUGGAUUAAGAUCUCGAGACGUCAUUGUUGCACAGGCGCUCAGGAACGGCCUGGUGCAGGUCCUGCUGGCAAUCCUUGACUGGCGGGCAGGCGGAAAAGCUUCGCUGGCUGCCCGGAUGCGGUGGAGCGAAUCAGAGGCAGCGGUGGGGCGAGUGCUGGCAGUGGAAAUCCUGAAGCUGCUGGGGGCAGAUGGGGCCUACUCCAUCCGAGUACAAGAGAUUCUCAACGGCUCUGAGGUGUGGAGGGCUUUCAAGGACCAGAAGCACGACCUCUUCCUCCCCACCAACGUGCAGUCAUCUGGUGCCGCUUUCUCACCCUCCCCUUCCUUCCCAGCCACUGUCCCAACCGCUACAUCUCUCCCGAACCACUCCCAAGCCUUUGACCCGCUCUUAGGUUCGACACCAGGGCUGGUAUCACCAACAGGAGGUUCGGGUGCAGGUAUGGCUGGAAUGGCAGCUUCGGCAGCAACUCGCCCCUCUGUAGAAGAGACAGGAGGGGCAGUUGCAAGAGUAGCAGCAGGGGCACGAACCUCUGGCGCUGUGGCAGGGUCUGCUGCAGGUUUGGCGGCGCCUGCUGUAGUCUCGGCCUCAGAUUUUGAUAGAGUGGUGGAAGAGAAAAUGCUAGGAGGGGGCAUUGGUGGGGCUGCUGCUCAGGUUUCUGGUCAGGUGACUGGUCAGGUGGUUCAGGUGGCUGGGCAGGUGAAACAACAAAAUGCUUCUAGAGAGGGGAAGGCAAGGUUGGAGGAUGAAGGGUUUUUGGUGCUUGGGAGGCAGGAGAAAGGGGUUACGGAUAAUGGGAAUGAGGGUUAUGGGGGUGAAGAGGAAGAGGAGGUUGCAAGGCAGCCCAUAGGCAUCUCAGGAAGUCCGCUUUUUCCGUUGUCGGCCCGCUGCUCGCGUUCCGAGCUUCCCGCCAGCAUGGCUUCCGCGCUUAGAGCGUCUCUGGCGCCUGCGGGGCUCGGCGCGGCCGCGCUCUCCGCGUCUCCGCUCGGCGGGAGAAAGGAGCACCUCGGCGCGUCUCUCCCCGCGUCCGCCGCCGGGUCUCACGGCAGAGUGACCAUGGCGUUGCGCGCUCGCCGCGACCCGCGGCUGAUUGCGCCGGUAAACGACAAAUUCCUCCCGUGGCUGGCGGAAGUCGCGCGGUCCGACGAGGGGCGCGCGCAGAUCGCCGACGCGGCGAGCGGGCGGUUCGAUGGACCGCCGCUGCUAGACCUCGCCGCGGCGAAAAUGGCGGCGACGCAAAUGGCGGCGCCCGCGCAAGUCGAGCGAGGCGGAGGGUACGGCGAGCACCGGCCGCGACGGCCGCCGCCGGAUCUGCCGUCGCUGCUGCUGAACAGCCGAAUCGUGUACAUCGGCAUGCCGCUCGUCCCAGCAGUGACAGAGCUGGUGAUAGCACAGCUGCUGUACCUGCAGUGGCUGGAUCCGCGUCAGCCCACGUACGUCUACCUCAACUCCACUGGCACUUCCCGCGCUGACGGCGAAACUGUGGGCAUGGAAACAGAGGGGUUUGCCAUCUACGACACCAUGAUGCAGAUGAAGAACGAGAUGCAGACAGUGGGAGUGGGGGCGGCCAUAGGGCAGGCGUGCAUGCUGCUGGCGGCGGGGGAGAAGGGGCGGCGAUUCAUGUUGCCACACGCCACAGCCAUGAUCCAGCAGCCACGCCUGCCCUCCACUGGACAGAUGUCAGCCAUUGAUGUGCACAUCCGCGCCAAGGAGGUAGUUAACAACAGGGACACUCUUGUUAAGCUUCUUGCUCGUCACACAGGCAAUUCCUUUGAGAAGAUAGCCAAGACGAUGGAGCGCCCGUACUACAUGAACCCACAGAGGGCCCUCGAGUUUGGAGUGAUUGACAAGAUCCUGUGGCGUGGCCAGGAGGCAAUGGCAAAGACACUGUCAGCGGAGGAGUGGGACAAGGGGGCCGGCAUUCGCAUGAUGGAGAAGCCUGCUGCCGCCCCCCUCUGA